AUGCGGCGCGAAAUUGAAGACCGGCUUUUAGGGUGGAUGGACGAUGCGGCCAUGAACAAAUUCCUGGUCUAUGCCAUCUUGGAACAUGUUGUCGUCAGACUGAUUCCCGAGAUGGUGGGCAAAACCCCGAGCGAGCUUCUAGCCGAUCGAGGGGUGUCGUUGACUGAGGAAGAGAGUCCAGAGCAGGAUCAGGGUCAUGGGCAUGAUCUUGACACGAAACUUGAUCUUGGUUCUAGUAGCCUUGAUACAAAGUCCGAGACACAGCAGCCAACAACAAAUGGCCAUGAGGGGGAAUGA